AUGUCUGCCGCCACAGUAUUCGACUCAACUCUCUUUGGCAACAUCUUCGGCACUGAGGAAGCCCGCCAAGCCUUCUCCGAGCGCUCUUAUGUUGCCAAUUUGAUCAAGGCGGAAUGCGCACUUGCCGAGGCCGAGGAGGGCGAGGGCAUUGUUCCCAAAGGUACGGCUGCUGUGCUGAAUGAGCAUUGCGACGUGUCCAAAAUCGAUUGGCAACUUUUGGCAGCUCGCACUGAGAUUGUUGGAUAUCCGGUUCUUGCCUUGGUUGAGCAGAUGUCGAAAUGGGUUCCUGAAGAGACUUCUGGUUACAUCCAUUGGGGCGCGACUACUCAAGACAUCAUGGAUCUCGCCUCCGUUCUUCAAAUGAAGAAUGGCCUGGAAAUUGUUGAGCGCCUCCUCCGCAAGGUCACUUCUACCCUUGAGAAGAUGUCGGCCGCCUACAGAGAUGUGCCAAUGGCUGGUAGGACACACUUGCAACAUGCCCUCCCUAUCACGUUCGGCUACAAAUGUGCUGUAUGGCUGGCGGGCUUUCGCCGACACGUCAAGCGCAUUGAACAGAUCAAAGAAAGCUGUUUGCUUGUGCAGUUCGGCGGUGCUGCCGGCACCCUAGCCUCCUUGGGGACUUCGGACAGCGGAAUCCGUGUGCGCAAGCGUCUGGCCACAAUCCUUGGCCUUCAAGAUCCCGUCAUCACCUGGCAUGUGGCACGCGAUACUGUUGCAGAAAUAAUCAAUUACCUUGCACUAGUUGGAGGUAGUUUGGGAAAGAUUGCUUUGGACUUGAUUGUCAUGUCGUCCAACGAGUUGAACGAGGUUGCUGAACCGUAUGUUCCUCACCGCGGUGCCUCCUCUACUAUGCCUCAAAAGCGAAAUCCUAUUUCUAGCGAGGUUAUCCUUGCUCAAUCCAAGAUCCUUCGCGCCCAAGCCGGUCUGGUUCUAGAUGGAAUGGUCUCCGACUUUGAGAGAGCUUCUGGUCCCUGGCAUCUGGAAUGGGCUGCAAUUCCGACAGCCUUUAUCUCGAUUGUGGGAUCUCUUUACCAAGCCGAGUUUGCUCUGUCUGGCUUGCAGGUCAACAAGGAUGCCAUGCUGGCUAAUCUCAAGUCCACGCGAGGUCUUAUUGUGGCCGAGGCCGUGAUGAUGGACCUGGCUAAGUACACCGGCCGACAGGAGGCGCACGAGAUUGUUUACAAGGCAUGUGUGGAGGCGCACGAGAACGACGUCUCAUUGCAAGAUGCGCUAGAGAAGUCAUCGCAAGUCACAGUACAUCUAGACUCAGCCCAGCUUUCCAAGCUUUGCGACCCUACCAAGUACAUGGGGUGCUGCCAGCUCAUGGUUGACGAGUUGCUUGAACAGACAACUGCUAGGGCCAACGGGGAUAAAAGCCUUGUGAACGGGAACGGCAUCAAAAACCAUACACACUAA